AUGAGGAGACUUUUCGCAUGCUUGAUCGUCCUAUGUGUUCUCAGCAACGUGAAGAGUUACGAUUUAUAUGAAAAGCUAAUUGCAGCGGUGAGAAGUCUGGAACAGGUAAGAUUUAACUCGGAUGCUUAAUAAUUUGGUCUUAUCCUCCACAACUAAGACUUGUCAUCGUGGUAGCACAUAGUUGCCAAUAUUUUGUUUUAUUUACGUUGUUUUGCCAGGGUUUUAAAAAUUAAGCCAAUUUUUCGUCUCAUGCGGAAAAAACUGUUUGUUUCUCCUAGCGCUUUAGAACGCUUUUAAAAGGUGUGGCGUAUUCUAGUGAAAGCUGUUUAGCAUAGUAGGUCUUUAGAAAUUCAGUUGCGGUGUCUUUUUUCAGUCCACUUUUUUUCAAACAAAUUUAUAGUUUUCUCCUUCCCGUUCUUCUCACAUUUCGAUCACAAUCGAAAGUUUACGACAGCGUCUGAUCUUCGCUACAUAAAUAUAUUUUGAGCUAUUGAGAGAAUCAGAAUAGGGCGGAACGCCCGGAAUUGUUGGCGUAAGGGAGCCUAAAGGGAUGGCGCAGCUGGUUGAACACUUGCCUCUGGCCCACCAACGUGGCCCUGGUUCAAAUCCCGAUGUCGAUGCCAUAUGCGGGUUGAGUUUGCUGUUGGUUCUCUCCCUUGCUCUAAGAGGUUUCCGCUUCAGUUAGGCUCUGGUUUUCCCCUCUCCUUUAAAACCCAUACCUCCAAAUUCGAGCUCUUAGUGCUCCGUUGGUAAACAAAUUACAAUACAAAUUCAAAACAAUACGUGCACAUCGCCGACAGGGUAAAAAGCACGUCCAGGAAACUCCCACAGAAUGGGACCGGUAUAAGAUCCGAGCCUGAAUCUGUAGAUGAGCAUAAGAGAUUUGUUGAGUAGAAAUAUAUUUAAGUCCUUUUGCUGUCUUCCUUCAUAACUAAACUUAAAAAAUAUGAGAAAAUUUAUGAUCUGGGACAAACGUCUUCAAUCGCUUCAUUAGUAUCAUGCUACGCUUAAGUCUUAGACAAAAUCAUGGAUUGUCUGUAAUCCCUUCCCCCAUUUCAAAGAUGGAAAAAAUUGGCGUGUUUUAAUCUUCUUGUGGAGCUUCAUCCCUUAUUUUGGGGUGAGGGGGGAGGGGGGGAGGAGUCCUUCAUUCUGUCGGCCAAAAACUAAGUAAGCUGGCGGCGGGUUGGAGCAUCCUCUUUCUCCAGGAUAUUGAUUCGAGGUAUGUUACGAUAACAGUAGCCUGGGAAGUUUUUUUUCCUAUCAGUUUUUACUUUUCUUGAAAUAUUGACAGGGGAAGUUUGGUCUAUUAUUUGGUCAGUCUGGCGUGCGUAAAAAAUUACAAAGAACUUUUCAUUGUUUGUCUGAUAAGUCUAGAUGGUUUUAUAGGUGGGAAAUUCGGGAAAGUGCAAUUUUUCUAAAAAAACAGGAGCCUAUCACCUGAAAAAACUCAUGUGUCGGUCAACCCACGAUAACAUAAAGAACCAACAUUACAACAAAAUUCCAACCAUCCAAAGCAGUGAUUACUGAUUGACCAUAAGGCAACCAAAUGGUACAUCGUUACAUUCCACUUUAACGUCAUGUUCAUGUGGAGCACACGUGAAAAGAUCGAACUUUCACCUUACAAGGGGGAAUUUUAAUUUUGAAAAAAAUCGAUGGACGAAAAGAUACAUUGAUUGCUUGGUAGUAGUACCGAACGAAUCUCAGAAGAGCGUAUAGCGGGAACAAAAAAAUGCAAACAACAAUAUAAAAAACGCAAGAAAUGUUUUCCUUGCUGUAAGGAUUAGUGUAUCGUUUUCUUUUUACUGCGGAUCCUUGUCUACAUAUGAGCCGGAACUCCUUACUGCUUUGGGGCUGCGGUUUUGUUAUCGUAAUAAUGGCAUUCUUGCGAGGCGAUUUUACUGUAAAAUGGCCGGUAUAUCAAAAAAAAGCUGCCACGAUAUUUUUUUUUUGCAAAAGUUACGUAGCACUUGCAAAUCAUUAUCGCUAAGGUGACUAUCUACUUCAAUUGUUUCACUUACAGAUAACCUCUUCUCCUGGAUCAGUAGCGUAAACUCAGUUGGGGGAAAGGUUGCCUUCAGGUCCCAGUUUUUCAAUGCACUGGGUGACUAAUCUCUAUCCAGUGGAUAGCGCAACUGGGUUUCCUAUUUAUCAUCCGCUUGAUAGUGAUUAGCCUGCAAGCAAGCCUGUGUAUCCGGGGCGCUACUGCUAAGGAGCGCUAUUUUAAACCUUUUAAUCCCUAAUAGUGAUCAGCAUCAAAUUUCUCCUUGUAAUGUCAAUGCUUUGUAAAACAGAGUGGUCAUGAGAAUUACGGACAUAAUCACACAAAGUGAAUUUGCUUGAUAUUUUAUCAAUUUCUCCCCACUAUUUCUGUAGGGAAUGAAUAGGGACAGCAAAUGAGAACUGAAAUUAGUCUGAUCUUAGGGUUUAAAGGGUUAAACGUUUGAAGAACCGGGUCCAGAUGUUCAGACUGCCUCUUGCAUGUUUUUUAGGCCCUUGCAAAUGAACCCAUAGAAGUUCAAGAAAGGAUGCUCAGUACGUAUCUUACCACAUAUGCAAAGCACUUACCUUCGUCAGUACAGCUAUUCAACGUGUAUGAAGACACCUCAUCAGAUGGAACUUUGGGAGCGGGUCGUUCUGUACUGAGGAAAUCCAACCCGUGGGAGAACAUCAGACGUCGUUAUGUAGCGAACUCAAAAGACGACAAGCGUUUUCAAGCCUUAAUGAAAGAACUUGAAGCGCGAGAGUCAAGGAUGCCAGAGAACAAGUUUCGUUCGGAAAUUGAGGGUUUGAAGUAA